AUGUACGCGGGUAUCGACAAGUACGGAGGCACUUUAGUCGGCGAAAGCCAUGCAAACACCAGCACCAGCAGCGCCACAGCGACCGCCUCUUGUGCUUCCGAUGCCCCACCUGCCUCUGGUGUGUCACUUGAAGAAGCAAUUGAGACGGCGGCGGCCGAAGAGACUGUUGUAGUGGAUGUGCCCUAUUCGUACCUCGUGGACGAAACAGAUCCACACUCCCUCGUCUCGGGCGUCUCCACAGUCCUCUUGAGCGCCCAAUUGAACCCCGAAGCAGGUGGUCUCAUGUGGAUCGAGCAGAGCCAUUCGUCCGACGUGUACGCGAACGUUGUCGCCAUGUCCCAAAUGACGUCCAUGCUACGGGAUACCGACCGCAACACGUGUUACGAACGUGGCAUCCAACAGGCCAUUGCACGCUUCCAGGCGCAGCACCACCGAGCGCCCAUUGUGCUGGACAUUGGCACAGGAACGGGGCUACUUGCUAUGUUGGCGGCUCGACACGGAGCUGCGCACGUGUAUGCGUGCGAGAUGUUUGUCCCCAUGGCAGCCAUUGCCGAACAAGUGACCGCCGCGAACUAUCCAGACACGAUCACGGUCUUCAAGCUGCGCUCGACGGACUUGCGCGUGCAGCCAGCAGAGGCGCAAGACAGGGAGCCCAGUACGACGUACCACUUGCCCCGACGAGCCGAUAUGCUCGUGUCGGAGCUCUUUGACUCGGCGUUGCUCGGAGAAGCGGUGCUGCCAACCAUUCGUCAUGCCAUGCAGCAUUUACUGACGUCCACAGCUGUCAUUGUACCUGAACGGGCGACAGUGUUUGCCCAAGUUAUCGAGAGCGAGUCGAUCUACCACUUCAAUAGCUUUGACGUUCCGUUGCAGUCUUCUGACACAUGUGCGGGGGAGCUGCGACAAGCAGUUCUCGCAAGAAGUGACUCAGCGUGGCAAUGCAAAGGUGGGAAGCCGGCACUGCCAGUGCAUUUCCAGGCUCUGGAAAACGACGCAACGUUCUUGACGAAACCGGUAGAGGUGCUGACGUUUGACUUUACGAAGCAGACGACUGGCACGCAUGACUUUCGUGAAACAAUAGUGGACGUGUGCGAGGCUGGAAAGGUGCAGGCUGUGCUCAUGUGGUGGGAGGUGAGCUUCAGUAGGGACGAUAGCAGUGUCGUGUACUCGACGAAAGCAGGUGCAAUGAACUGGCAGGAUCACUGGGUCCAGGUCGUGUUUCCGCUUGUGGAGAACAUUCAAACGCGACCGAGCGAGAACCUGAUCUUGCGCGCUCACCACGACGAUGUCCACAUUUGGUUCGAUGUUGAAGCUGUUCCAGCGAAGAAGGACUCUCUCGGUGAAACACAGCGUGCAAUCAUGGACGAGAAACCUCCGUGUACUUGCGGGAUGCACCUCAUCUGCAACGCCGAGCGUGUUGCCAUGCUCACGGACUCUGCACGUUGCGAAGCCUACACAGCAGCAGUUUCCUCCAGCAUCGCCGAGCUUACGCAACAGGAAGCUUUGCGCCCGAUCUCCUGUCUUGAUAUCAGCGAUGGGUCGCUGGUUGCACUGCUGGCUGCGAUGCACAAGCAGGUGUCGAGCGUGACCUCAAUCGAGUCGAAAGAGGUGUCAGCACGGAUUUUCGAUCAGAUCGUGACCCACAAUGCAGCUGAGGUCAAGGUGCUGAACAGCGGCGUGAAGGGUUUGCUACCUGAACAUCUCCAAGGUGCACCUCCGAGCGUCGACCUGCUCGUGGGCGAACCCUUUUACUACUCGAUGCAAAACCUCCCGCUCUGGCAAGCAUUCAACUUCUGGCUGCGACGCUCGGCGGUGGAUGGCCUGUUGCAUCCGAAAAGCCGUGUACUGCCUGCCCGUGCAAGAGUGCUGGCUCAGGCUGUGCGUUUCGAGCACUUGCACGAAUGCUUUGGAGCAGUAGGAAAUGUAUCAGGCUUUGACCACAGCUACUUCGACCGGUUUCAGGACGGAUACCAUGGGCGCGACUUUCCAUUCCCGGUCUACAUGUAUCCCCACGAACCAGCAUCGGACGUGGUAGAGCUUGCAGCCAUGGACUUCAUGUUGACAGCACAUACGGUCGCAACGAACGGAACCAUUAGCCUCAAGGACUCGGCAGCAAAUGCAGUGAUCGUGUGGGUGGAAUACGUCUUAGAUAUGGCAGGCCAUCACGUGGUGGCGACUGGUCCUGCUGUGCGCUAUGCGAAACAGCUCGUUCGUUUUCUGCGGUCUGCGUCAUCUGGAGCUGCUAGUGCAGCAGCUGUGCAUUCAGUGGCGUACAGGUUUUGCUUCGAUUCGCUGGAAGGCACAAUUGAGCUUAGUCUGGAUGUCAACUAG